GCUCCGGGGUUAAAAUUCCUCUGCAAACCCAGCUAUAAAGCCAGGAGCUCGGCUCCUCAACGUUACUUCUAUCUGCACUCCCUCGCCCCCCCCGGGAACGGUUGUAAUUGGUCCCCACUAUGCAGAGGAAUGGGUUGCCUCUCUGCCUCCUGUUGCACUGGACCUGCCUGGUCUCCGCACUCCAGAGGAAGGACCUUUUCCCCUUUGGACCGCACACUGGAGACGUUGCCCUGCAGGAAGGCGACGAUGUAACCUCUGAGGCUUACCAGCUCCGAAGACCACUAGCUUUUUACGAUACACAGUUCAACAGUCUCUACGUAGGAACGAACGGCAUCAUCUCCCUCCAGGAAUUGCCCAGAGAGAGCCAGUACGUGGACGAUGGCUUCCCUAUCGAUUUCCCGGUGAUAGCCCCCUACCUGUCGGACAUCGACACCAGCCAGGGCCGGGGCCGCAUCUACUACCGGGAAGACCAUUCCCCCGACACCUUGGAGCGCGUCGGCUGGGAGCUCCGCAAAGCCUUUCCCGGGAGAGGAAUCAACCCAGGGAAUUCCUUCAUCGCCACUUGGGAGAACGUGGCACCAUACGAGGAAAUGACGCGCUCCAACCCUUCUUCUAACAGGUUCAACACCUUUCAGGCAGUGUUGGUUUUCGAUGAGUCGGAUGCCUAUGCGAUUUUUCUGUAUCCAGAGGAUGGGUUGAAUUUCUUUGGGACCCGGCCAAAGGACUCGUACAAUGUUCCGUUUGAGUUACCUGCUCGAGUAGGAUUCAGCAGAGGAGAAACUGAGUUCACCCGGUGGAGAAGAGAAGGUUCCUACUAUAGUGUCACCACCAAUGAGCAAUCUGUGAAGAAUCUCUAUCAGAUGGGCAAUUCGGGUUCUCCAGGAAUAUGGAUUUUUCAUAUUGGUGGAGCUUCCUCCUUCAACAAUAUAAUGCAAGCCGAUGUCAGAGGGCAACCUUCAGCAGAAGACACUGUGGUCACACUGGAUAGUGCCUUAAGUGGUCCAGCUACCCCCGAUGCACGGGAACCUGAUUACACUGCAAAUGAAGAUUACAAAUACUAUUAUGAAGGUGAAGAUUUUGGAUAUGCAUCCUCCAUUUCCACUUCAUCUCCUGGGAGAGAUGGUGGCAUCCCAGAUGACCCACCAUAUCCGGAUGCGGGCAUUAUUCCAUCCUAUCCUGCAGGCUAUCCGGAGACGGGCAUCAUGUCAUCCUAUCCCGAAUCUGGUGUUUUGUCAUCGUACCCAGAAAGAGAUCCUGAAGUUGGGACUGGGGUGAGGUACCCUGACGGAUACUCGGAGGUUGAGUCCUUACCUGGAAAUCCACAGCCAGUGACACAAGACAGACACGUUGUCAGUGUGGUAGAAGACGGGAACCUCGGUACUGGCGUGUUCACAUACAAUACGGACACACGAGAAACAUGCGCCAGAAGCCGACAGCAAUGUUCCCAGCAUGCCUACUGUGCUGAUUACUCCAGUGGACUCUGCUGCCAUUGCCAUCCUGGUUAUUACGGCAAUGGAAGGCAAUGUCUACAAGAAGGUGUUACUCAGCGUGUAAACGGAAAAGUAAAUGGAAAACUAAUCGUGGGAUCCAGUCGUGUGCCUGUGGAGUUUAAGAAUGCUGACCUGCAUGCAUAUGUAGUUGUAAAUGAUGGGAGAGCAUUUACAGCAAUUAGCCAAAUUCCUGAGUCAGUGGGUUGGGCGAUGCAAUCGCUGUCUGUAAUUGGAGAUCUCUUCGGAUGGCUGUUUGCUGUGCAGCAGCCUGGCUUCGCAAACGGCUUCAGCAUCGCAGGUGCCAAAUUUAUUCGUAGUAUCGACAUCACGUUUUAUCCAGGCAAUGAGCAGUUAAAUAUAAUGCAAAUAGCUCGGGGUUUGGAUGCACACAAUUAUCUCAGUGUAACUACGGAGAUUGAGGGAGAGUUGCCUGAUAUUUCUGCGGGAGCUACAAUCCAGAUCCAACCAUACGAAGAACUUCUCUACCGCUCCACUUCUGCGGUCACCUCCACAGCCAACCGGGAUUAUUCUGUUGAAGCUGGAAAUGGUGAGAAGCAAACACAUCGUUAUCAAUUGAGACAGAACAUCACCUACUAUGAUUGUGAGCAUGCGCCAAAGACCAUUCCAGAUGCCCAACAACUUAAUGCAGACCAUAUAUUUGUUCUCUAUGAUCGGAAUGAGCAAGUGAUCAGAUAUGCAACAAUCAACCGGAUUGGACCUGCCAGAGGUAACCCCAGGCCUGACUCUGUGAAUCCAUGUCAGGAUGGAAGCCAUAACUGUGAUCCCAAGGCCCAGUGUUAUGCACUGAAUGACCAUGAACACAUCUGUACGUGUGCACCAGGCUAUGAAGGCGAUGGCAAGGUUUGCAAAGAUAUUGACGAGUGUGCUGGUGGUAGUUCCCAUGGAUGUGGUGCGAAUACUGAAUGUGUCAACGUCCCUGGAUCCUAUGGGUGUGAAUGCAAACAAGGCUAUGCUGUUCCAGAGGGUGGGAACACAUGCGUACCAACGACAGCAACCAGUGAGCGGCAAACGACUGCCUGUGAGCAGCAGAGGGAUCAGUUAGAAGCAGAGGUGAGGCUGCGUGGGUCUCAGCCGCUUGUGGGACACUACAUCCCUCAGUGUGACGAAGAAGGGAACUUCAGGCCGAUGCAAUGCCACGGCAGCACAGGCCACUGCUGGUGUGUGUACGAAAACGGGCAGGAAGUCCUAGGGAGCCGGACACUACCUGGAACCGCUCAACCACGCUGUGGGACAACAGGAGAAAGUGAGCGGCCAAAGACUGCCUGUGAGCAGCAGAGGGAUCGGUUAGAAGCAGAGGUGAGGCUGCGUGGGUCUCAGCCGCUGUUGGGACACCACAUCCCUCAGUGUGAUGAAGAAGGAAACUUCAGGCCGAUGCAAUGCCAGAGCAGCACAGGCCACUGCUGGUGUGUGUACGAAAACGGGCAGGAAGUCCUAGGGAGCCGGACACCAUCUGGAACAGCUCAACCACGCUGUGGGACGACAGGAGACAGUGAGCGGCCAAAGUCUGCCUGUGAGCAGCAGAGGGAUCGGUUAGAAGCAGAGGUGAGGCUGCGUGGAUCUCAGCCGCUGUUGGGACACCACAUCUCUCAGUGUGACGAAGAAGGGAACUUCAGGCAGAUGCAAUGCCAGGGCAGCACAGGCCACUGCUGGUGUGUGUACGGAAAUGGGCAGGAAGUCCCAGGGAGCCGGACACUACCUGGAACAGCUCAACCGCGUUGUGGGACGACAGGACACAGUGAGCGGCCAAAGUCUGCCUGUGAGCAGCAGAGGGAUCGGUUAGAAGCAGAGGUGAGGCUGCGUGCAUCUCAGCCGCUGUUGGGACACCACAUCCCUCAGUGUGACGAAGAAGGGAACUUCAGACCGAUGCAAUGCCAGAGCAGCACAGGCCACUGCUGGUGUGUGUACGAAAAUGGACAGGAAGUCCUAGGGAGCCGUACACCACCUGGAACACCUCAACCACGCUGUGGGACGACAGCAAAGAGAGCAGGGAGUGAGCGGCCAAAGUCUGCCUGUGAGCAGCAGAGGGAUCGGUUAGAAGCAGAGGUGAGGCUGCGUGGGUCUCAGCCGCUGGUGGGACACCACAUCCCUCAGUGUGAUGAAGAAGGAAACUUCAGGCCAAUACAAUGCCAGAGCAGCACAGGCCACUGCUGGUGUGUGUACGAAAGCGGACAGGAAAUCCCAGGGAGCCGGACACCACCUGGAACAGCUCAACUGCGCUGUGGGAUGACAGUGACGGUUGAAGCCAGUGAUCGGCCAAAGUCUGCCUGUGAGCAGCAGAGGGAUCGGUUAGAAGCAGAGGUGAGGCUGCGUGGGUCUCAGCCGCUUGUGGGACACCACAUCCCUCAAUGUGAUGAAGAAGGGAACUUCAGGCCGAUGCAAUGCCACAGCAGCACAGGCCACUGCUGGUGUGUGUACGAAAACGGGCAGGAAGUCCUAGGGAGCCGGACACUACCUGGAACAGGUCAACCACGCUGUGGGACAACAGCAACGACAGCAGUGAGUGAGCGGCCAAAGAGUGCAUGUGAGCAGCAAAGGGAUCGGUUAGAAGCAGAGGUGAGGCAGCAUGGGUCUCAACCGCAGUUGGGUCUCUACAUCCCUCAGUGUGAUGAAGAAGGGAAUUUCAGGCUAAUGCAAUGCCACAGCAGCACAGGCCACUGCUGGUGUGUGCACGGAAAUGGGCAGGAAGUCCCAGGGACCAGGGCACCACCUGGAACCAGUCAACCACGCUGUGGGACAACAGCAGCGAUUGAUCGUCCAAAGUCAGCCUGUGAGCAGCACCGGGAGAGGAUGGAAGCAGAGGUGAGCCUGCGUGGGCCGCUUGUUGGAUUCCACGUCCCUCAGUGUGAUGAAGAAGGGAACUUCAGGCCGAUGCAAUGCCAGAGCAGCACAGGCCACUGCUGGUGUGUGUAUGAAAACGGGCAGGAAGUCCUAGGGACCAGGACACCACCUGGAACCACUCAACCGCGUUGCGGGACGACAGAAGCCAGUGAUCGGCCAAAGUCUGCCUGUGAGCAGCAGAGGGAUCGGUUAGAAGCAGAGGUGAGGCUGCGUGGGUCUCAGCCGCUGUUGGGACACCACAUCCCUCAGUGUGACGAAGAAGGGAACUUCAGGCCAAUGCAAUGCCAGAGCAGCACAGGCCACUGCUGGUGUGUGCACGAAAACGGACAGGAAGUCUUGGGGAGCCGGACACCACCUGGAACAACUCAACCACGCUGUGGGACGACAGAAGCUAGUGAUCGGCCAAAGUCUGCCUGUGAGCAGCAGAGGGAUCGGUUAGAAGCAGAGGUGAGGCUGCGUGGGUCUCAGCCGCCUGUGGGACACCACAUCUCUCAGUGUGAUGAAGAAGGGAACUUCAGGCCGAUGCAAUGUCACAGCAGCACAGGCCACUGUUGGUGUGUGUACGAAAAUGGGCAGGAAGUCCCAGGGACCAGGGCGCCACCUGGAACCGCGCAACCACGCUGUGGGACGACAGCAGCCGAUGUGCUGGUAAAGUCAGCCUGUGAGCAACACCAGGAGCGGAUGGAAGCAGAGGUGAGCCUGCGUGGGCCGCUUGUUGGACUCCACAUCCCUCAGUGUGAUGAGGAAGGGAACUUCAGGCCGAUGCAAUGCCAGAGCAGCACAGGCCACUGCUGGUGUGUGUACGAAAACGGGCAGGAAGUGCAAGGGACCCGGACAGAAGCAGGAACUGGUCAACCACGCUGUGGGCCGACAGAAACCAACGAGCAUCCAACGACUGCUUGUGAACAGCAACGACAGAGACUGCAAGCGAUAAUGAGCCUGCGUGGGCCGCUUGUUGGACUCCACAUCCCUCAGUGUGACGAAGAAGGGAACUUCAGGCUGAUGCAAUGCCACAGCAGCACAGGCCACUGCUGGUGUGUGCACGAAAACGGGCAGGAAGUGCAAGGGACUCGGACGGAACCAGGAACUGGUCAACCUCGUUGUGGGACGACAGGAGACAGUGAGCGGCCAAAGUCUGCCUGUGAGCAGCAGAGGGAUCGGUUAGAAGCAGAGGUGAGGCUGCGUGGGUCUCAGCCGCUUGUGGGACACCACAUCCCUCAGUGUGAUGAAGAAGGGAACUUCAGGCCGAUGCAAUGCCACGGCAGCACAGGCCACUGCUGGUGUGUGUACGAAAAUGGGCAGGAAGUCCCAGGGAGCCGGACACCACCUGGAACACCUCAACCACGCUGUGGGACGACAGCAGCUGAUGAGCAGCCAAAGUCAGCCUGUGAGCAGCACAGGGAGCGGAUGGAAGCAGAGGUGAGCCUGCGUGGGCCAAUUGUUGGACUCCACAUCCCUCAGUGUGACGAAGAAGGGAACUUCAGGCCGGUGCAAUGCCAGAGCAGCACAGGCCACUGCUGGUGUGUGCACGAAAAUGGGCAGGAAGUCCAAGGGACCAGGACACCAUCUGGAACCGCUCAACCGCGUUGUGGGCCGACAGUUUCAGAAAGGAAUGAACGCCCUAAAACUGCGUGUGAAGAGCAACAACAGAGAUUGCAAAUGGAGAUGCGGGCAUAUGGACCUGAACCAUUGCUGGGACACCACAUCCCUCAGUGUGAUGAAGAAGGGAACUUCAGGCUGAUGCAAUGCCACAGCAGCACAGGCCACUGCUGGUGUGUGUACGAAAACGGACAGGAAGUCCCAGGCACUAGGAUACCACCUGGAACAGCUCAACCGCACUGUGACUUGCCAGCAACCAAUGAACGUCCCCAGACUGAUUGUGAGGAGCAGCGAGAGAGACUGCAAGCAGAGAUGAGCCGGCAUGGAUCUCAGCGACUGGGACUCCACAUCCCUCAGUGUGAUGAAGCAGGGAGGUUCAGGACUAUCCAAUGUCACGGCAGCACAGGCCACUGCUGGUGUGUGAAUGAAAGUGGGCGUGAGAUUCCAGGAACCAGGACCCCACCAGGAACUGGUCAAAUACGCUGUGGGUCAGCAGAACAAAUUGAACAGCCUAAGAAUGCCUGUGCUCGACACCAUGAGCAAGUGCAAAGGGAAUUGAGCGCACAUGGAUCUGAUCCUCCCGUUGGGGUCUACAUUCCCCAGUGUGAUGAAGAAGGGAACUACCAGGAAAUGCAAUGCCACAGCAGCACCGCUCACUGCUGGUGUGUGGACGUAGAGGGGCAGGAAGUUCCUGGGACCAGCAGAGGUCCUGGCAGCGGUCAACCACGCUGUGGGCAGACAGCACCGACGGAGGCUCCAAAAGCGCCUUGUGCCGAGCAGCGGGAUCAGCUGCAAGAGGAGCUCAGCAUCCACAGAGCUCGCCCCGCUGUGGGAGUGUAUGUCCCUCAGUGUGAUGCCCUUGGCAACUUCAAACCUCUGCAGUGCCAUGGCAGCACCGACCAGUGCUGGUGUGUGGAUGAACUGGGCCGAGAAAUCCCUGGGACCAGGACCCUUCCUGGCAGCGACCAGCCAAGAUGUGGGCUGCCAGAGCCCCUCCAGCGACCACAAACAGUGUGCGAACGUUGGCGCUCCAGCCUCCUGGAGCACUACGGAGGUAGUCCAGCUGAUGAUCAGUACGUACCUCGGUGCACUGAGUUUGGAGAGUUUAGUCCUCUGCAAUGCCAUGGGAACAGUGGUUACUGUUGGUGCGUGGACCAGGAGGGUCGCGAAAUGCCAGGAACCAGGACGGAACCGGGCACUCCACCUGCAUGUAUACCCACUGUUCCACCUCCCGUUACCCAGCCAACUACAGCAUCAGUUGUGACUGUACCACCCGCAGGAGCCUUCCUUCUGUACGCUCAGGGACAACACAUUGGGUACCUGCCCCUGAAUGGUACUCGGCUAAACAAGAACGAAGCCAGGAGCCUGUUAGCUCUUCAUGGUUCAAUUAUUAUUGGUAUUGAUUAUGACUGCAGGGAUAAGAUGGUUUAUUGGACUGAUGUUGCAGGCCGAACUAUUAAUCGAGUUAGCCUGGAAGCUGGUGCAGAACCGGAAAUAAUAAUUAAUUCGGGAUUAACUAGUCCUGAAGGUCUAACCCUGGACUACCAUCACAGAAGGAUGUUUUGGACUGACAGUGGAUCAGAUAAAAUAGAAACUGCUGCAUUUGAUGGUUCUGAACGGCGAGUUCUUGUAGACACUGAUCUGGUAAACCCCAGAGCAAUUGUAGUGGAUUCUGCUCAUGGCAAUCUUUACUGGACAGACUGGAAUCGUGAAGCUCCUAAAAUUGAGACUUCUCGUGUGGAUGGAACAAACCGAAGGAUAUUGAUCAAUAAAGACAUUGGAUUGCCCAAUGGGUUGACAUUCGACCGGUAUUUCUCACAACUCUGCUGGGCUGACGCUGGAACCAAAGAUCUGGAGUGCGUAAACCCAGACGGGUCAGGGAGGCGUGUAAUACAGAGUGGCCUGAAUUAUCCCUUCAGCAUUGUUGCUUACUCAAAUCAUUUUUACUACACAGAUUGGAAGAGAGAUGGAAUUAUUGUUCUACCUAAAGUUGGGAGGCAGAAUCAAUAUGGGAGUCAGAUUCUUGAUGAGUACCUACCUGAUCAGCGAUCACAUCUAUAUGGAAUAACCGUGGCUUAUCCUUCUUGCCCAUAAGGAAGAAAAUAAACAUCACUAUUGGUCAUGACAACCAUGCCAUAAAUUUCUGGAGGAAAAGGAAGACUUUAUUUGGAGCAGGGUGCUGCAGACAGAAGUGAAGUCCCCCCCCCCCCCCCCCAAUCCCCUUCUGUUUAGUAAAAAUUAAACUGAAAGUGUAUUACAGAACUAUUUUUGUAAGAAUUUUCAUACCUCAUUUCUUUUUAAAAAACCACUACCGUGCUGCCUUUUGAUUGACUGGUAAAUUGUAGACAAUCACUGCCUCAUAAAAAUACCAGCCUAACAGGCCUCUAAUUUUAACUGUUACAAAAGCUGUAGUUCUUUGUAAGAUUAAUACAGAAGUAUGAGAUUCAGAAACCAGGAGCAUAAACACCAAAAUAUAUAGUACAGCACUUUAGAGGCAGAUUAAGGGAAGUCAUAUUUUUCUAUGUUUAUGUAAAAAGCUCUAGUUUUCCUUCCCAUUUCAUUUCUAUGUUAUUCUUGAUCACCUUAAAGACAGCAGUUUUAGAUCUUGAAACGUGCAUCUUAAAUUUUAUCGUCCCCUUUAGUUAAUAACCCAGAUGUCAUCAUAAUUGUUGACCUAGUUAAAGUAUUUUUGACAACAAAAAAGCACACAAGAUCAGUUGCUGCUCGAGUUGAACAUUUCUGCUGCACUAACAUUGCCUCAAGCAGUUAUGAAUCGAGACAAAAUUUGCUAGAGACAAUCUGAAAUAAAUAUCAACAACUGGAUUUUAGUUGGGUAUAUUUAGCCGACUCAACACACGUACAAACUAAAACCAGAAAGUCAUGUUACUGUGGACAGUUUAUAGCAAUUCAAAUUGUACUUGAGUAUUUCUUCCACCAAAGUUUUGACAUUGCUUUGAAAUUACAAAACAAUGUUUUAAGUUUAAAAUUUCUGCCAAAGAUCUGAAUAAGAAGCAUCCAAAGUUUAUUGUCUUUAAUUUUCAAAUAGAUAAAAAGAUCUGGACUAAAUCCUUGCAAAGUAUUAAUUUGUUCAGAUAGGGAAACCAUUAUUGCAGUUUUAUUUUAAAUUGGGUUAUUUAAUAAGUAAUUCAAUGGUUAAAUGUCAGUAAUGCCAAGUAUGGUUCUGUAACAUGUAGAAUGCUGUAUUUAUGUCAUUAGGAUAAAUUAAGGAGUUGAGUAAAAGAUAUCCAACUGAUUCUGCAAUGUGGUUUUCAAUCUCUGAACACAUUUCUCCACUGAAAUUCUGACAAGUGGUAUCGUCAAAUUUAUGGCAUGGCAGUUUAGAACAUUCAGCAGUACAGGAAAAGAGGCUUCAGCCCUGAGCUGAGGCCAAGUUAAACUAAUCUCGUCUGCCUGCACAUGAUCCAUAUUCACCCAUUCCCUCCAUGCGCCUAUCCAAAAGCCUCCAAUGUCACUAUCGCAUCUGCCUCCACCACCAACCCUGGCAGUGUGUUUCAGGCACCGACAACUGUGGGGAGGGGAAACUUCCAUCACACUUCUUCUUAAACUUUGCCCUUCUCACCAAAAGGCUAUGUCCUCUAAUCCUUGACAUUUCCACUGUGGGGAAAAAAAAUGUUCUCUGUCUAAUCUCUCAUUAUUUUAUAUACUUCUGUCAGGUUUUCUUUCAACGUUCCAGAGAAAACAACCCAAGUUUGUCCAACCUCUCCUAAUGCAUACAGCAUUUCUGGUAAAACUCCUCUGUACCGUCUCCAAAGCAGUCACAUCCUUCAUGUAAUGGGGUGACCAGAACUGCACACAAAAUCAAAGUGCUAUAAAGAAAAUAAUAUCAAUUGACAGGAUAAGCAGCCAGAUAUUAACAUUUUUUUCCAUCAUUAUUGCACAGUGGGCACACAAUUGAAGGAUAUGACCAAAAUAGUUUGUUACCGGCAUCUAACUUGAGAAGCAAGGAUGGAAGUGAUAUUUGACCUAUUUUUAAAUUGUUGUAAAUCUACAAAAGGACCAUUCACAUUGUAAAAAUGUUAAAGGUUUGAAAAAAAGCAUUACCUGGCAAUAUUUUCUUUAAAUCCAUAAUCUCUUCAGUUUGCUUUAUAUUUGAACUUUGUGGAAUUGAUCUGAUAAAUAUCAAAUUCUGGAUUCCCUUAAUAUAAAAUAUUUAAAGGUAAUUACAAUAACAAUUAUCUGGAGGAGGACCAUAGGCGAAUAUUCAAUACCAGAGAGGCGGUUUGAUAUUAAUGGAGACAAAAUUUCACUCGCUUUCAGGUAUGUUUUCCCAACUUCACGUCUACCCAGUCACCCUCAGGUUACAAAUGCAGCAAAGCUAAAAAGAGCCAGGCAUAUCACCCUCUCUCUAUCUUUACGUACAGGGACACCAUUAGCCUGAUUUACAAAGUUAUAUUGCUGCAAAAUCUGGAUAAUAUAUAUUACGGCAGUCUGUUACGUUAGCCAUUGUAGCUUUUACAUAAGUUAUGUUUAAACAUUAAUUAUAGCUUGGCAGUGGACAUUGAAAAAUCUGUGCAUAUUGUCUCCUUCUAAUACAGAAAAUAAAUUGAGUCUUUCUGGCUGUAGUAGUCACUGCAACAUGUUGAUUAGCACAGAUCCUCAAAUGGUUUGCAUCAAUAAACGUUUGACAAAAUAAACCUGUUCCGUAUUAUUUUGUAUGUUUCAUUUUCGAGUGCACGCUUCAAGUUUGCUCUUUGCCAACUACUUUUCUUUAAGGCAUAACAUGUAAUUGACAGAAUCUAAAGUUUAAUUUUAUACUUUGUCUAUUCCCUAUUGUAAUGUAUAUACAUCAUCUGAUACUUGAUUAAUUGGGAAAAA